AUGGAGAGAAUCCAACGUCCGGCGACGUACUGGGGCAGUCGAAUUGCGGAGCUAGAGACCAAUGGCGGACUCAUACAUACGCCUGAAAUUUGGAUCGUGGCAAUACGGCCCAACCAGCCCACGUACGAAGCGCCAACAGAGCUCGCGGCAUCUGAAGAGCCAUUUGACGCCUUAGUCCAGCCUGUGGAGAGCAAAUACAUGUACAGAGACCCCGAUACGAGCAUGCCGGUGAUGUGGUUAAAGGGUACGGGCGUAUACUUGAGACAUCGACAUCCUCAAAUGGAGACUCAACGGUCGAAAUACAUGUGUACCGUGGAAUCUUCCUCUUUUGCGAUCGAUUGGGAUGAUCUUUACCAAGACAUACGGCCCGGCUCUACCCUACCCUACAUCGACGCUUCAGGAGAACCCCACACGAUCAAAUUUUCAGAGCAUGAUACGGCCAUGGAAUUCAAGUCGGAUACCCAUAAUGAAGAUCGCUCGGUUGUUUUGUGGAAGAGAAUGUACGGUCCGGAGGCGAACGCGGUAUUCAAUGGCAGGGUGCUAGACAGAAAUGGGAGGAAUAUUUUGGGAGAGGUUGAGUUUGCUUUCAAGUUCCCUUUUCAGAGUAACAUAUAA